GGAGUGGAUUGGGAUCGGGCUAAUGGGAGCUUCUUCACUGCCAUCCUUAUCGCGCAUUGUCCAAAACUUGAGGGAGAAAGCAGCGAUCAUAAAGCAACUAACGGAUUCUGCGCUCUGCAGCUUUUGUUCACAACUUGUCCCACAACAGGUCCCCUCACUGAGGAGAAGACUCUCGACUCGGUGUCAUACAGCUUUUGCUGUAUCCUAGUCUACUUUUUACCCCCACCUUAUCAGCGUGCAACAUCCUGCAUCUGCUAUUGCCCUGGCAACCAGCCCUCCUCUCCAUCAUUCUCCGGCGCUUCACCCCUCACCAUCAGCGGCAGGCUCCGAGGGAAGCCAAAAUCUGCUGCUUACGCUCGUCCUCCAAGUGGAAGUGGACCCUUUUGUUCACUGGCGUCAGUUCAAAUCUCUUUGCUUUUCUACUUAUCUAAGGUUCAUGUGUCGGAAGUGUUUUGUCUCAGCAUCAAAAUGCCCGUGAGACGCGGUCAUGUUGCGCUCCAGAACACUUACUUGGAUACUAUCAUCAGGAAAUUCGACGAGCAAAAUCGCAAGUUUAUUAUUGCCAAUGCCCAGAUGAAGAACUGUGGCAUCAUCUACUGCAAUGAGGGCUUCUGCCAGAUGUUUGGUUUUACAAGAGCAGAGAUCAUGCAGCAGCCUUGUACCUGCCAGUUCCUGGUGGGUCCUGGCACAAUGAAGAGUUCCCUGGCCCAGCUGGGACAGGCCCUGCUUGGGUCUGAGGAGCGCAAAGUGGAGAUCCUGUACUACUCUAAGAAAGGGACCUGCAGACCCUGCCUUGUGGGAAUCGUUCCAGUAAAGAAUGAAGAAGGCCUUGUGAUCAUGUUCAUCCUUGACUUCCAGGAGCUCAUCGAUCCCUCCCACAAGAAGACUGCUCUCAGGCAGAGAAUCACCCAAGGAUGGGCCUAUUGCCAGAAUCGCAGGCUGAAGAUGAGGCUGCCGGUGCUGCGAUCCAUGCGACGACCUUCACUCUCAAAAGAUCAGUUUGAAGGAGUGGUAGUAGACUACCUGCAGCCAAACAGCGAGGAAGUCCCUCUGAAAGAGUUUCGGAUCCCAUCUAAGGAAAGCUGUAUGCAGUCUGAGACGGAGGCUCUGAUAGAACAGGACAUGGAUCCCCCAUCGCCGGCAGCCCAGCCCUCUACCAAACGACGCUCCCUUCUGACAGAUCGACUGGACCCCAUGCAUGCCUUCCCCCGAGGGUCAUUACCUCGAAGUUGCUCGAGGGACAGUGUUCGGAGCCUCCGACGUGCCUCAUCACUGGAUGACAUCGAUGGCAUGAGGGCAGAAUGGAAUAGCCGACCUGGAGACCCCAGGACUAACAGCAAUCUGAAGCCCAAUACUCUGAACUCCACUUCAGACUCAGACCUCAUGAGACAUCGAACCAUAGGCCGCAUCCCUCAGGUUACCCUCACGUUCGGCUCUGACCGAAUGAGACCGCCUUCCCCAACUGAGAUUGAAAUCAUUGCGCCCAGCAAGAUUAAAGACCGAACACAGAACGUCACAGAGAAGGUCACUCAGGUCACACAGGUGUUAUCCCUCGGAGCUGACGUGCUACCAGAGUACAAGCUCCAGGCCCCGCGCAUCCACAAAUGGACCAUCCUUCACUACAGCCCCUUCAAAGCAGUAUGGGACUGGGUCAUCCUGCUGCUGGUCAUCUAUACAGCCAUCUUCACACCAUACUCUGCUGCCUUCCUUCUCAAUGAAGUGGAAGAAGAAACACAGAGGAGAAUCUGUGGCUACACCUGCAACCCUCUCAAUGUGGUGGACCUUGUGGUGGACGUCAUGUUCAUCGUGGACAUCCUCAUCAACUUCAGAACCACCUAUGUGAACCAUAACGACGAGGUGGUCAGCCACCCGGGACGCAUCGCACAGCACUACUUCAAGGGCUGGUUCCUGAUCGAUAUAGUUGCUGCCAUCCCCUUUGACCUGCUCAUAUUUCGCUCUGGGUCUGAGGAGCCUCAGACAACCACUCUUAUUGGACUACUGAAGACGGCCAGACUUCUGAGGCUGGUGCGAGUGGCCAGGAAGUUGGAUCGUUACUCAGAAUAUGGAGCUGCUGUUCUUUUCCUCCUUAUGUGCACCUUUGCCCUCAUUGCUCACUGGCUGGCCUGUAUCUGGUACGCCAUCGGUAAUGUGGAGCGUCAUGGCUCUGCUCGCAUCGGUGGCAUGAAGAUUGGUUGGCUGGACAAUCUGGCCGACCAGAUUGGGAAAUACUACAAUGACACUGACCCAGCAUCUGGCCCUUCAAUCAAGGACAAGUAUGUUACAGCCUUGUACUUCACCUUCAGCAGCCUGACUAGUGUGGGCUUUGGCAACGUCUCACCCAACACCAACCCAGAGAAGAUCUUCUCCAUCUGUGUCAUGCUAAUCGGCUCUUUGAUGUAUGCCAGUAUAUUCGGAAACGUAUCAGCCAUCAUUCAGAGACUUUACUCAGGCACGGCCCGCUACCACACCCAGAUGCUGCGGGUCAAAGAGUUUAUCCGUUUCCAUCAGAUCCCAGGAGGUCUGAGACAAAGGCUGGAGGAGUACUUCCAACACGCCUGGUCCUACACAAACGGCAUCGACAUGAAUGCUGUUUUAAAGGGUUUCCCUGAGUGUCUGCAAGCUGAUAUCUGCCUUCAUUUGAACCGCAGCUUGCUGCAGAACUGCAAAGCUUUUCGAGGUGCUAACAAAGGCUGCCUGCGGGCUCUGGCCAUGCGAUUUAAGACCACCCACGCUCCGCCGGGUGACACCCUAGUCCACAGUGGGGAUAUUCUCACUGCCCUAUACUUCAUUUCCAGAGGUUCUAUAGAGAUCCUCAGGGACGACGUGGUGGUGGCCAUACUGGGAAAGAAUGACAUCUUUGGUGAACCCAUCAAUCUGUACGAGAGGCCAGGGAAAUCCAGCGCUGAUGUCAGGGCUUUGACAUACUGUGAUCUUCACAAGAUCCUGAGGGACGACCUUCUGGAAGUGCUAGACAUGUAUCCCGAUUUUUCCAACAUGUUCUGGAACAAUUUGGAGAUCACCUUCAACUUGAGAGAUGUAGAUAGAAUAAACCAGCCAACCCCAGGCAGGGACUCUGAAUGUGGCUAUCGUCUGACGAGGCAUCGGAGAAGCUCACUGCGUCGGAGAAACAGGCCAGAUGGGAUGGAUCGUGAAGACCCUUACCCAGAUCAAUCGCGCUCGAUGUCAAACCACCACCGGGGAACAAUGGCAGGAUCUCAUUGGGAAGACCUCUGCAGCAGUGCUAGUAUAUGUUCACAGUCUAGUGAUGAAGAAAUGAAGCCCAUAGGACACAGCAAAGGGGAGUUGUACCCCCAUGCGGGUGAUACCAGAGACUAUCCAUCAGCAGUAGUCAACCUUCUGCCUCACAGUGGACCUUCAGCUGGAAUUGGGCCACCUGUAGACCUUGGAGGACCUCCAUACUCAGCAACAACCCCUAUCAGCAUGCCAGGCCUGUAUAGCUACUGGCCAGACCGCAGAGCAAGCCAGUUUUCGGACAGCCAGAGGCGGCCGUCCUCAGUAAGGGCGAGUUUUCACCCUUCACCCUGUGCUGAAGAUCGGCCGAGUGAGCUAGAGUCUCGAUUGGAGCUGCUUCAGUCACAAUUAAACCGACUGGAGACCCGUAUGACUGCAGACAUUAAUGUGAUCCUGCAGCUCCUUCAGAGACAGAUGGCUCCGGUGCCUCCGGCCUACAGCGCUGUGUCCCCCAGCCCUCACCCACCUCAUCCACCUCAUCCCACCACACUAUACAGCACGGGCACACCCACAAUCCACACCGUCCCUCCAAAGCAGCCACCACAGAUCGACAGCACUGCCUCACUACUCCAGAGUCCAGACUCUGACUGCAAGCACAAAUCCAAGGAUUCCCUGUCCAGUGGGAUCCAUCUCACUGUGGCAUCAGAUGACACCAUGUCCAUGUCACCAGAGGCAGACCCACCACAUCUACCUUCUGUGGACCUCACCCCGCCUCAGAUCUUCUGCUCUGGAGACCCAGAGCCUUCGGGACUUCUGUGUGGCACCCAGCGCUUCCCCUCUCUCCCGGAGCACCUGGAGAUCUCCACAGAAAUGCAGGAGAUCCAGAGGCAUGUCUCUGAUCCUGUCCUGCCGGGCAGCUAGAAGAGCUAUCACCGACCCUGACACCCUACAGCCUGGUACUUUGGACAGGACAGCCAUAUUUCCCCCACAUCGGUACUUCCUUCCCAUUUAAACCUCCUCUCCUGUUCAGAUGCUGCUGUGGAGCGUGGGAUGCCUUGCCUUUCACAUCACAGAGGGUACACAGUGCCUCGAGUUUCUCAAGCACAGACCAAACAUUGCCCUCAAAGGCUGCUGUAGUUUUGUGCUCCAGCAUCCCAUCACUCCCAAAGUCCUGUGCAAUAAAGAGCAGGAUGGUGCACUGACAUCUACAGGACAUGCCAAGCAGUCACUGGAUCUCAAAGCUACACCAACUGCUCCUACAUGGAGGCGUCCUUGAAGAGAAGUGAAAUGACAAGAAAGAAUUAAGAGGUUUCACGUUUGAAGAAUUAUCUGCAGUCACUUUGUGUAAGAAUUGCACAUUUAGAUUUGAACAUAGAAAACUAUAAUCAGCUAUUUGGAAAUGAAAUUAUUUUCAUAUUGCAAAUAUUUAUGGGUACAUUCAGGACCAUGCACUUAGUAAAUGUAACAACUGUGAGUGGUUUAGGUUCAGUGUUUUGUCGUUGUUGUGUAUGUUUAAAAAUAUCAAAAAGUCGUACAAUAACUGUCUCACACACCGUGAAGGAUGACGAUUUAUGGCAGACGUAGGAGAAAGCGUCAUUUUCAUCUCAUAUUUCCUGUUGCGGCAUUUUGAUGUGAAUGAAAACUUGUUAAGCGUGUCAUGAGAAAAUAUUAGAAUAUACACAAUGAAGCAGCACAGAACAAAACAAAAAAACGUCAAAGUUUCAUGUACAUUUAAAUAUAGCUCUUACAGUUUUGUUUUUGGUCACGAAUGCUUUGAUUGCUCCCGUUUCUGUGUUUGUUUAUCCGCUCGCCUCAGACGUGUGUCAACUAUUUCUCAAAGCAGCGUGGUCACGCGGUUUCAUAACGCUCCUGAUGUGUUUAUCUGAAAGUGCCAACAAUGAAGGACUUGUUCUCUCAGUUAUUUUGACUCGCAGUGGACAAACUGCACCCUGGACGCACGUAAAGGGAAAUCAGCUUAGUGGCAGUUGAAGUGGAUGGUAACUGUCAAUCGCAUACAGGCGCAGAGACGACAUCUAAAUCCGCGCCGAGAUGAUCUCUCAGUUUCAGCCACGGGGUGAAUGUAAUGACCUUUUAAGCAUUUAUAAUUCUGUGAAAGGCUUCUUGAAGCACAGAUUCCUGUUAUUUGUCUUUUUUAGAUUAAAGACACACCACAGUUACUUCCUUUUGUUUUCCAAGUAACUUACCUGAGCGCUGGGAUAAUAACUGCAAUGCCAAAUGGAACAUUGCAAACACUUCAAAAUAACAGAACACAUUAAAGCUAUGUUUAAAAAGUUUUUAAAUGAAUAUAUAAAAUAUUGUCAUUUAGGAGGAUAGGUUUUCCUAAAUAUUGUACACCUCAGUCUGAUGUCUGUCUGUCUGUCUGUCUAAGCCCCGAUCAACAAGUUGUAAGAAUACGUGUAUAAAAGCAAAAAGUCUUGAUGUGAAUUUGGCCAACCUCACAUUCAAGUUCAACUUUUUUUUGCACCUCUGCACCGUUUUCAAUUAGGCUGAUGUUUUUACGUCUCUCAAAUGAAGGGCGCUUAUGUCCCCUUGCUGUUGUGUCACUGCAGUGGCAGCUGGAUGUCCUCUAAUUUGUCAAAACAGCGAAGCCAAGGGGAGCAGGUGAUGAGGGAAGAUGACUUGUGUGGCCAAAAAACUCAGGGCAUCACACUAGAACUCCUUGUUGAUAGUCUCACACUCGGGACAACUUUAUAGUGCACAACAGGAUGAAGCCAGUUUAGUAUCCUCCUGGACUUCCUCUUCACCCGACAUGUGAAGAGGAAACUGUCCACUGAUGAAAAAGCUCAGUUCCUGGAAACCCAGCUUCCGUUGCCAGUGGUGAGCCUCCGCUCAAAAUUUGGGUCAGUGCAAUACAAAAGUUAAUGUUUAAUUUCUGUGACAAAUUUAAAGCAUGUGCCCAGCAUAAGUGGUCAUAACAUGACUUCUAGGGAGUGAUCUAAAUUUAUCAGCUGCACAGAAAGCUGAGUGGAAGAGCAGAUUAGCCCAAUUUAACAUUGGAAAGCUGCAACUUCAAGACUUUUCAGGAGGAAUAGUAGUAAAUUCUUAUGAAAAGCAAGUAUCAGACCUUAAAAUUAUGGAUGGGAAGUGCAAUGUUGAGGUUUUUUUGCACUGAAAAGAAAAAAGCUACCUGUAUUACAAGAACAGUCAGGGAACUGAUAACUAAGCAGAGGAAAGGACAGUACUGCACCUGUAGGGGGUAUAGCUCAGUGGUAGAGCAUUUGACUGCAGAUCAAGAGGUCCCCGGUUCAAAUCCGGGUGCCCCCUCUUUUCACCCUUCUACCAACACAAACUGAAAUUAUGUUUAUAGUAGUGAGGCAACUGAGCGGAAGGUGAAAAUGACCCCGAACUGUAAAUAGAAAGCUCUGGCUCUCUGAGAACUGCAGGAUGAAUGUGCUGACAGCAGUAGCUUUCUAAAUAGAUUAACUCGUGCCAUGCAAAGGCAGCAACAGUAAAACAAUCUUACAAAACUUGGGGGAAAAGAAAUAAGGCAACACAAGGCUUAGUUUGUAAGACAUGGAGGAAUACAAUUUAUUUGAGUAAAUUCCAUAUUAAACUUUAUGAAAAGAAAAAAACUACGGCAUGAACACUUGUCUUACAAACAACUUGAGUUGAUAUAUUUAUAUGUAUGUACAAUUUGCCUUGUAAUGGCAUGCUACAAGGACAUGACCCUUUAAUUAUUGAAAACAACAACAAAAAAAAAAAGAGGCAGACAUAAACAGUCAGAAAGUUGUUUCCUCCCAUUUUUACAGCUCACGCGCAUGAAAAAAAAAAUGCAGCUUUCCAAGCACAACAUUCUACAUGUAAAAAUAAGACAAAGAGGAGAAUAAUUGAAUAAUUUGAGGGGGAUAAAAGGCUGAACAACAUUGCUCUGGUAGGUUUUGAGUGCUGCUGUACAUGGCUGCUUCACAGCAUCGCCAGCCGAACUAAAACACAACAUAUGAUGACACAUCACCGCAGCGACAAUAUGAACCCUCUCAGGUUAUUUUACAUUUUUCGAAAAGUUGCACCAAUCACAAGCUCUAGCCUGGGCACAGUCAUCUGGAGAGAGUACAUACACCCAAAUUUAACAGCUUUAACUGCCACAAGGGUAAACAAGACUGCAAUAUAUUAAUCCUCGAAUUAUCGAUAAAAAGGUAUGCAUUCACGAGAAAGGCUACAACAUAUUCCUACAUAUUAGAGAGGUCAUCUUCUGGCACCUACAGUAGCUGGUAUCAACCUUUAAAAAGGAAACUGAUGAAAUGUACAAGGAAGGUAAACCCUUCAUGAAUAUCACACGGCUGGCUACAAAUCACACCGAGGAGUACAAAAAUCGGACUUUCAUA